GAGGCUAACGUUAUAAAUAUUGUCAUCUCGUUCGCCUUAGCUCAUAAUUGUUUUGAAAGCUGGAGAGAAGAGUCAUCGCGUAAUACUUCCCAGGAUUUGUAACUAAUUAUAAAGGUGCAGAAAAGAAACAGAUCCAAUGGACCACAUCCCGCAGUCCUUCGAAGUCACCGAGGAAUUCGGUAUUAAAUGGACGCAUCCAAACUGUUACAGUUGUCUGGAAUAUAUAGGAGGAGGCAGUUUCAGCAAUGUGUCUAUGGCUCAUAACAAACUUAGUAACUCCACAGUGGCCAUCAAAAAACUGUCACGGCCGUUUGCCACGUUAAUGGACACUAAACGUACAUACCGCGAAGUAUGUUUGCUAAAGCACAUGAAACACAAAAAUGUCAUCGAUCUGGUCGAUAUAUUUACAACAGCAAUAUGUAAAAACGAUCUGGAUAAUCUCUACCUUGUUUCCACAUUCUAUCCGAGAGAUUUGAAAAUGAUGUUGGAAAGCGAGGAGAUGGGGUUACCCCUCAUCAGGUCCUUGGUCUACCAAAUAUUCUGCGGACUUUAUUAUAUUCAUUCAGCUGGGGUCAUCCACCGUGACUUAAAACCCAGCAACAUCGGUGUUACUGCUGAUAAUUGCAUCAAAAUUAUGGAUUUUGGCCUGGCC